AUGGUCUUUGAGGGUCGUUUGGAGACUGCCGGUGCAAAGAAGAUAGGAGCUACCAUCAACGUUGAUCCACAUGCUGAAGUACCCCUAUCCAAGGACUUAACUUGCACUGUCAACGUCAUUGCUCCAAUUGUUACACCCAAUCUCACAAGGAAUCUUUUCGAUCGGAGCAAGAGUGAACUUCUUCUACUCACUCUUGAUCAAGGUCAAUUUAAGUUAAAUAAACUACUUUCCUUAUUAAUAUAA